UACUCUCGCUGCGUGGGGGUGUCUGGGCCUGUUCGCCGUCCGCGCUUCCUUUUUUGUCCGACAUCUUAGCGAGGCUGCUGCGGCGGUAGCUGCUCUCGAGCUUCGUGAUGCCGCCCAAGGACGACAAGAAGAAGAAGGAUGCCGGGAAGUCGGCCAAGAAGGACAAAGACCCAGUGAACAAAUCUGGGGGCAAGGCCAAGAAGAAGAAGUGGUCCAAAGGCAAAGUUCGGGACAAGCUCAAUAACCUGGUCUUGUUUGACAAAGCCACCUAUGACAAGCUCUGUAAAGAAGUUCCCAACUAUAAGCUGAUCACCCCAGCUGUCGUCUCUGAGAGAUUGAAGAUUCGUGGUUCCCUGGCCAGGGCAGCCCUCCAGGAGCUGCUGGGUAAAGGUGAGAGUGUGUUACACGCGAGUCCUAACCACGUUAACUGUCUUAUGGGUAUGUGUGGUGUUCAGCUGAAAAAUCUAAAAGCUGGAAUAGCCAAAACCCAGUAAGUGUCAGUCUUAGAG